CCUCAAGAUCUGGAGCAGUCCCUACUAGCCAAGCUGAUAAUGACUCCAGAAAUCCCCCCCGAUGUGGUUCUGGACAGACGCCUUUGCAGUUUACCACCACUGGAGAGAGGUUGUUUGGUGGGAGUCUUUGUGGAACUCAUCGUCUCUCCUAGCCAGUUCUACAUCCGCAUCUGCAGCCAGGAAAUGUCUGAUAAACUGCGGGAUAUGAUGAUCGAGAUGAGACACUGUUACUCAAACAAACUUGUUUCUGACCGUUACAUCAUGCCCGAGUCUUCAGUACAGCCUGGACAGCUUUGCUGUGUAACGGACUCGAAGUGGUGGUACCGCGUUAUCAUCCACCGUGUGAUCAACGACCGGGAAGUAGAGGUGUUCUACCCAGACUACGGAAACCUUGAAAUCGUCCGCAAGUCUUUGCUGAGAUUCCUCAAGUGGUGCUACUUGAAACUCCCCGCUCAGGCCAUCCCGUGUUCCUUGGCGUGGGUAAAACCCGUGGAGGGUGUGUGGUCCAACGCAGCAACCCUCCUCUUCAAGAAGCUGUGUGUCUCCAAGCUGCUCGUGGGCAUCGUGGAUGAGUACGUGAACGGCAUUUUGCAUCUCUUCCUGUGUGACACGUCCACCAAGGAGGAUAUCUACUUCCACUGCGUCUUGAGGGAUGGGGGGUGCGCCGAUGUCUGCGGAGAGAACCUUCCUUCCCAGGGAUUCCAGGAACUGAAUCCCUCGGCCUUGUAUGUUCAGCCCAGUGGAAAGCAGGAGAACACUGAGCUGGUAGAGCCAGACGUUUGCUUGCAGCAGGAAUCUCUGGAUGUAGACAGUGAAAGAGCACCCUCAAAGCUGGAUGGGGAUGAACUGUGUGGCCAG